GUCCCGCCGAAUGCGUGCAUGUGUGCAGAAAGUUGAAGCCAAACUGACAGAUGAAUGCGACGGGGGCGAGAGCAGCAGUUUGGCUUUGGUCAUGCCUCCCCUUCUUAGGCCCCUCGCCACUGUUCUGCUCCAGCUUGUCGUCUUCAUAUCUGUGACUGGUGGUGCAUACUACGGACACACUCAACACCCCCAGCCGUACCAGCCAAUGCACCACCUUCAGCACAUUAACAUGGGCAAGGGAGGUUUUCCUCAGCAACAGUACCUUGGCAAAGAAGUGCCCUACAUGCAGUUUCCACACUACAGGAAGGAGCUGCCCCAGACCCCCCUGCUCAAAGGCAAAGAAAAUCCUCGGAAAGGGGGAAACUACAAUGCUGGCAAAGACAACGGUCUAACAAUUCCUAGUGCAGUGGAAGGAGCUGCCCUGAGAGAACAAGGCCCAGCUGGACCACCUGGACCAGAGGGACCUCCAGGGCCUCCAGGAGAUGGUUUGCCUGGUCCUGAAGGCCAACUGGGACCUCCAGGUCCACCAGGACUGCCUGGAAUAGGGAAACUAGGCUUGCCUGGAGUGCCAGGAAAACCAGGUGUAAUUGGUGAGCCUGGGCCUCAGGGAAAAAUGGGACCCAGAGGUGAAGAAGGCCCCACUGGUCAACCAGGUCCUCAGGGACCCUCGGGCCCACCUGGGCUUCCUGGAAUAGGUAAACCAGGGAUGCAGGGAUUACCAGGACAACCAGGUGGCAAAGGAGAACCAGGUCACAAGGGCCUGCCAGGACUGCCGGGAUUACCGGGACCAAAAGGAGACAAAGGAAUGGGCCUUCCAGGACAGCCUGGUCACAAAGGACUUCCUGGGCCUCCUGGACCGGCUGGCCCAAGAGGGCUGCCAGGUUUUGGAAAACCAGGGUUGAAUGGUUUGCCAGGUCCACAAGGACCACCAGGACAUAAAGGACAUUCUGGGGAAUCAGGGCUUCCUGGGCCAGCUGGGAAAGGAGGACCACCUGGCCCUCCAGGUCUACCUGGUCAAGGAAAGCCAGGUCAAAAUGGUCUGCCUGGAGAACCAGGAAGGACAGGUGAAAAGGGCCCUACAGGACCACCAGGAUUGCCAGGAAAACCAGGACUUCCAGGAUUUGGUAAACAAGGACUUUCAGGACCAAAAGGUGAUAAAGGAAUGAAUGGACCACCUGGGCCUCCAGGACUCAAAGGAGAUAAGGGCCAUGGCGGAUUACCUGGAAUGCUUGGACCUCCUGGACCAAGUGGUCCAUCAGGUCCUCCAGGACCUAUUGGACGACCUGGAAGCGUAGGUGCACCUGGUUCCAAAGGAGAUUGUGGAGACGGAGGACCUAAAGGGCUUGAUGGGGCCAAAGGUGACCUUGGUCCUCCAGGGCUUCCUGGUAAGACUGGUCUAACUGGGGACCUUGGGGAACCAGGUCCUAGAGGUCCACCUGGACCAAGUGGUCCUAAAGGUGCUGAUGGGUAUAAAGGUCUACCUGGUAUACCUGGUCCCCCGGGAACUCCUGGUUUAAGAGGAGUGGCUGGAUUACCUGGUGAAAAGGGUAUUCAAGGAUCUCAAGGAAUCCCUGGAAUAGACGGUACAGCUGGACCAAUGGGAUCUCCAGGUCCCACAGGACCUAAAGGAGAAAAUGGACUUCCUGGUCCACCAGGCACUGCAGUCAUUGGGAGUCCAGGCCUGCCUGGUCCUGCAGGACCCCAAGGAAGAGAGGGAUUGUCUGGACUCCCAGGACAGCCAGGUCAACCUGGUCCACCUGGACCACCAGGACCACCUGGUGAACCUGUUUUCUCUCCAGAAAUGGCUGGGGUUCUCUCUGAGAUGGGACCAGGACUAGAUGGUAUUAAAGCCGGAAGUUAUGGCAAAAAGAGCAAAUACGGUGGAGGUGGUGCUGAAGUAAUGGGUUCCAGUGGACUUGAAAUGCCAGCAUUUACGGCUGUAGCGUCCACUCCCUUCCCACCUGUGGGGAGUCCGGUUGUUUUUGAUAAGCUGUUGUACAACGGCCGCCAAAACUACAAUCCUCAGACAGGAAUCUUCACCUGUGACAUCCCCGGCAUUUACUACUUUGCCUACCACAUUCAUUGCAAGGGAGAGAACGUGUGGGUGGCUUUGAUGAGAAACAAUGAGCCUGUGAUGUAUACAUAUGAUGAAUACAAAAAAGGUUCCUUAGACCAAGCCUCUGGAAGUGCAGUCCUGCCUCUCCAACCCGGGGACACUGUGUAUAUUCAAAUGCCAUCAGAUCAAGCCUCAGGACUUUAUGCUGGAGAGUAUGUGCAGUCCUCCUUUACUGGGUAUUUGCUCUAUCCAAUGUAAAGUCACAUACUUCAUGAGCAAGGAAAGGAGGAAGCUUUUCGCUGAAUAAUGAAUGAUGGUAUUAUAAAUUAUCUUAGACUGAGAUGAAAGCACAGAAUCUGUACUGUAUGACCUGAAAAUCAAUUCAAGUGGGAGACCUAAGACUUGUUUUUUAUUUUUUUAUUUUUUUUAUAAACAUGAAGGAGUUUAUGGAGUGUAUUAACAAGAUAGUAAGAUUAACUUCUUUUGUUCAUUACACUGUUACAGCAGAGUCAAAGUGCACAGCAUCAAAAUUGACAUCCAGCAGGUAAUGUGGGUAAAAAAAAACAAAAAAACACUAUACUAUAACAAUGUGGACCAAUUUUGACAGUAAAUUGUUAUUUAUUUCUACAUUUGUACUUCCUGCCUCUUGGGGUAUUAAUGCAAAAAUCGACAUAGAUAUUUUUAAAUUUUAUUUCUGUCUGUCAUUAAAGUUAGCAUGUAUUAUUAUUAUGCAGGCUGAAAAUGUCUCAGUUCUGGGGAAAAAAAUUAAUAGCAAAAUUCAGUGAGAAGAACACAAGGGCUAACUAACUAUGUGACUGUAAAACGAUAUGCAUGAAGGAACUGAGGUGUAUGUUGAUUAUUCUACUCUUGUGUAGAAGAAAACAAAUCUUAGAUGAUAAAAAACCAACAUGACAACUUUACAAUGAACAUUGAGCUUUUAUGGAGGAGAUUAGAAAAACAAUGUAAUGUUAUUUUUAUUUUGAAUUGUUUGCUGAUAAUUUUGUGAAUCUGCUGCUGUGGAAAACCCAUAAAGUCUAGACACAUUAUUGCUCUGAACUACAAAGCCACUCAACAGACUACAAUAGACCAUUUCACCACAAUGGAUAACAAUGACAUAAAAUAUUGUUACAAGUAUCAUACAAGUAUACUAAUCUUUUAGCAAGCAACUUUUAGUGAGGAAUGGUAUUCAUUCAGUGUUUUAAAGAACAUUAAUUCUUUUAAAAAAAGUGACGUUUUUAAUUGUCUAUCUCUUUUGGAAAUAACUUUAUUUGGGUUCCUUAAUUUUGUUUGACUGAAGUGAAUGUUUUUUUUUGUAAUUCUUUUUAUUUAACAAGUUUAUUUUUUUUAAAUUCACUGUUUCAAAUCUAAGAUGUAGGACACAAUUUCAUAUUAGAAGCGCAUCAUUCACAAUCCAUUUCCCACGUAAUGGAUUAUGAUGAAAAAAAUAAAGUAUGACGAGAUUAAAAAAAGAGUGAUGAUAUCGUCCCUGUAAUCGAGUUGUGUUGGUGUUUAAACUUUGUUGUGACAAUUUAUUUAAAAAAAAUAAAUGUUUAUUAAAAUUGUA